CACGACCCCGCGUUUUCGGCAUUUACGCCUAUCUCCCUCGGAGCAUCUUCACACCCAGCACGCUCCGAUACCUCAUCAGUCAACUUUGUGGCCACUUCAUCUUAGUCCGAGUUACCUACUAGAAAUAACAAUCUCAUUUCGUAAAUUCACAUUUUGUACUUGUUCGUGUCUUCACUGUGUUGAGCCUGCGUCAUCUACCUCGGGCUUUCACCGCACAACUCAAAGUCCUCCACAAUGUCCGAGACUCCGUUUCCUGUCCUUAAUGCCAUCACUCCAUACUGGCGCAAGGAUCUGCACCCUCUAGACAGCCACCAAAGCUCCGAGACCUUACCGACGGAACAGGACAUUGUCAUCAUUGGUGCCGGAUACUCAGGUGCAGCUUCGGCGUACUACCUCUUGGAUGGUACUGAUCCCUCAUUACGUCCGACUGUCACGAUCCUCGAAGCCAGGCAAGCAUGCUCUGGUGCAACAGCUCGCAACGGCGGCCACGUAAGGCCGGAUCUCUAUGCUGGCCUUCCCGCUCGUGCCAGACGAUAUGGCCAAGAGACAGCAGAUGAGAUGGCGCUAUUUGAGCUUGCCAAUCUUCACGCCGUGAGAGACCUAGUACAGGAAAAGAAGAUUGACUGUGACUUCCGGAUGACUACAUCCAUGGCCGUCCUAAGAGAUCCGGCACUUGCAAAGCCGAUCAAGGAAGGCCUGGAUGAGCUCCUACAGCGGGGUUCGCCAACCGCAAAGCUUGUUCAUUACCUCGAAGGCAAGGAAGCCGCGACAUUCUCCGGCGUAAAGGAUGCAGCCGCUGUCUUUUCGUUCCAGGCGGGCUCGAUCUGGCCCUACAAGCUGGUUCUAUUCCUCCUAUCUCAAGCUAUUGACAAAGGAGCCCAGCUGCACACUCACACGCCCGUAACUAAAGUUUCCGAUUCACAAGAGGGCGGCUUCUGGUCCGUUACCACGCCCAGAGGUGUCAUUAAGGCCAAGACGGUCAUCUACGCUUCCAACGGAUACACGUCAACGAUCCUUCCAGAGUACAAGAACCGCAUCAUCCCCGUCCGCGGGAUCUGCAGCCAUGUGGCUGCUCCCGACGGCGCCGAGCACCCACAUCUCCCCAUGACAUAUUCGCUACGGCAUGGAACCAAUCUUUACGACUACCAAGUCACGCGGCCAGACGGUAGCAUCGUCGUGGGAGGCGCUAGGACCGAAGUCAUCCCACGCGUCAACGAAUGGUACAACGUCUGGGACGAUUCGAAGCUCAUCGAGCCUGCUGCUCAUUAUUUUGAUGACCACAUGCAGAGGAAUUUCCGCGGGUGGGAGAACAGCGGGGCUAAAGUUGACAGCAUCUGGACAGGAAUCAUGGGGUACACCAACGAUACAUACCCCCAUGUCGGGCCUGUACCUUCAAAACCGAGGCAAUUCAUCUGCGCGGGAUUCAACGGACAUGGCAUGUCAUUCAUCUUAUUGACAGCCAGGGGCUUGGCAAAGAUCGUACGGGAUGGUGUGCCAUUUUCGCAGUCUGGCGUUCCGCGGUUGUUCGAGACUAGCGAGCGCAGACUCCAGGAGGAAAAGAACGAGCUGCUCGGAUAACUCGCCGAGCUAACUUGAACAGCAUAUUCUGACCAGACCGGAUGAUAUUUACAUGUAGCAUAGCGCAUGAAGAGAUGAUCACUGCGAGGCCUAUACGAGAAGUGUUGUGACUACUUGGGACACUGGAUCGCGGAAAAGAUCCCGCAUAGAAGCGCUAGAUGGCAAAGCGGCUACUACUAGUGCAACUUGAAAACUUUGCCAAAGGAUCAGUCUGGCGCUGCACAAGUGCGGCGUUGUCAGCAGAUGCCGAACCAUCGUAUCCCGGGUCUGGCCGAACCCCUGCCCAAACCAACCGUGCGACGCGGCAUCGGACGAUGGCCAUAUCUGCAAGGCUGAGCCCAAAAUCUACUUUUAAUACAUUCGGC